GUGGGGUCCUUCCUAACAGAUUCAGGGUGAGUAUUUUUUGCAAGACUUUUGCUCAACCGGAGAGGAGUCCUUUGGGGAGGCCCAUUCCCGACUUCCAUUUUCCUUGUUUGUAGGGAUUGCGGGCUUUGGCCAAGGCCUGCAGCCAGGCCCUGCUGUGGAUGAUGGGGCGCUUCCUGCGCUUGAACCUGACCCGCAAGUCCCAGGGAGAGAAAGGCAGGUCUGGCGACAGCUGAGCAAGAGGCGGGGCUGAACUUUCAAUCAGGAGGCUGUGAGUUCGAUCCUAGGUAGAGGCUAAUGUUUGGAAUUGUCUCCUGCUCCAGCAGGGGGUUGGAUUAGAUGACCUCCAAGGUCCCUGUUGAUUCUUAUGAUUCUCUCCCAACGCGGCUAGGCCUCGAGGUCUCCAUCUUGCCCAAAAAACAUUUGGCUUCCGGACCCAUCGUGCUGCACCCCGAGGAAAUCAGUCUUGUCACGUGUUUCGGGCGGUGGAGGAAGAGGGAUGCAGCCCAUCUUCCAGAAAUAUUUUCUACUUUUAUCAACAUGGAAAGCUCAGAGGCUAAUAAUAAAGGAAAUGUCAAUCAGUCGGAAGCUCAGCGCCGGAGUCAGCUGGACCGGUUGGACCGAGAAGAAGCUUUCUAUCACUUUGUAAAUAACCUGAGUGAAGAAGACUACAGGCUGAUGAGAGAUAACAACUUACUAGGCACUCCUGGUGAAAUUACGGAAGAAGAGCUGCUAAGAAGGCUGCAGCAAAUUAAGGAAGGUCCACCCCAGCAGCACACUGAAGACAGCAGAGGUGCAGAGUCCGCAGAGGAUGUGUCUAAUGGUGACUCCAUCAUAGAUUGGCUUAAUUCGGUUCGGCAGACUGGAAAUACGACACGAAGUGGGCAGAGAGGCAACCAGUCGUGGAGAGCAGUAAGCCGGACUAAUCCAAACAGCGGGGAUUUCAGAUUUAGUUUGGAGAUAAAUGUCAACCGCAAUAAUGGGAACCCAAGUACUGAAGCGGAGGGCGAGCCACCCGUAGAAGCCCCCACUGGGGAGGAUCUAGAAAACAGCCCGAGUGACACUGAGACUUCAAGGUCAGCCUCUCCCCCGGUUCUAAGGCAGAGCUCCUCUCCUCCCGUAGCCAGGCAGCCUGACUCAGACAUGAGCUAUCCUGAAGACCUGAGCGAAGACCUCUCUCUUCAGAGAGGCCAGAGGAGGUCAAGAAGCAGGAGUCCCGAACAACGGAGGACACGGGCAAGGACUGAUAGAAGUAGAUCCCCCCUUAAUCCAGUGAGCGAACCUCCUCGCAGGAUACAUCACAAUACGUCCUCUCAAACCCCUGAUCUUCCCUUGGUCGCUGAGGCAGAAGGAAGUUCCAGAACCAGGCAGCACAUGGUCAUCCGUCAGCAUGCAGCAGCCAGUGCCGAGGCGCCCACUGAAAAUACGGUUCUCUUUUCCACCUCCGAGGCCAGGCCUGCCCCUCAGGCCGUGAGCUCUUCGGAAACGGGCGGCAGUGCGGAGCCCCCGGCCCCCGGGCAGAGGCCCCCCACCAUCGUGCUGGACUUGCAAGUGAGACGGGUCCGUCCGGGAGAGUACAGGCAGAGAGAUAGCAUAGCCAACCGAACUCGGUCCAGGUCCCAGACCCCAAACAACACGGUCACUUACGAAAGCGAGCGAGGAGGUUUCAGGCGUACCUUUUCACGCUCGGAAAGGGCAGGUGUGAGAACUUAUGUCAGCACCAUUAGGAUUCCUAUCCGCAGGAUCCUGAACACGGGCCUGAGCGAGACCACCUCGGUUGCCAUUCAGACCAUGUUAAGGCAAAUCAUGACUGGCUUUGGCGAGCUCAGUUACUUCAUGUACAGCGAUAGCGACGCCGAUCCCGGGGGCUCGGCACCCGCCCCAAGCGUAGAGACGGUGGAGCCCCAGGCUGGAGGGGGCAGCGGGAACGGCCAUGCCAGCCCCGAGGGUCCUGAGCCUGGGUCGGGAGAGGCCUAUGAAGGUAGCCAUGAAGGGGGUCCCACGGCCGGCCCGAGGCGGGAAGGGCAGAAUGCCAGGGGCUCCGUUACUUUUGAAGAAAGCGGCUCCUUGCCAUUCCUCAGCUUGGCCCAGUUUUUCCUGCUCAAUGAAGAAGACGACGACCAGCCCAGAGGACUCACCAAAGAACAAAUUGACAACCUCGCCAUGAGGAAUUUUGGCGAAAGCGAUGCCCUGAAAACCUGUAGUGUUUGCAUCACCGAGUACACCGAGGGGAAUAAGCUUAGAAAACUCCCUUGCUCCCACGAGUAUCACGUGCACUGCAUAGAUCGCUGGCUAUCCGAAAAUUCCACUUGCCCAAUUUGCCGCCGAGCCGUCCUGGCCUCAGCUAACCGGGAGAGCGUUGUCUAAGGCACCGUGGUAUCCUUUCGGCUGAUUACAUGGUGAGGGAGCGAUGGGCAGGACGCUGCUUGCAACAGCCACUUUUUGUGUGGUGGUUAUAAAUACAAAACAAAGAAUAGUGUGAUUUCCUCUUACGAAAUGGAAUUUCUUUUUUCUUUAAAAAAAAAAAAGCAAAGCAAAGCAAAACCUUCUCAAUUAGGGUUCCUAAAAUAAGACCAGGUUUGUGUUGUCAAUUAAAAAAAAAGGAAAGAGAUAUAUUUGCCCAAAGACAAUUGGUUGUUGUAUAGUUUCAGUUUUUCAACACCAAUCAAGUUCUCGGUCCCUCCUGACCCCUCCAGUGUGUGUUGAAUGCUGGAGGCCUCAACUAACUGGAGUCAUUUAGCCGUAUACAGCCUGUGCUUCACUGUGGAUUAAAGCGAAACGACUCCGCUCCCCUGGCAGAACAGUAAAAUUAAUCUCCCACGUCUGAUUUUAGCUCCUUUCUUGUAUAGGGUAUUGAAUAUGGUCAUGUAAAUAACACUAACCUCAGUCCCUCUCUCCCACUGUACAGCUGUCUUAAAAGUCCAACACUAUGGCACGCCAUAGGAUGACCUGAUAGUUUAACUGGGAUAUUUAUCUUGCUGUGGAAAUAAUUAAUUGCUUAUGCUUGUUUAAAUAAACACUUUUGUUUUAAAAACAGUAAAAUCUUUUUGUACAGGUCAGUGACUUUUCCACUGCGCUUUUGUGCAAACAUGUUCAGAAUUUAACCCUCCACUGUGUUUAGCCACAAGAGCACAUGGUGCGGUCCUCCACCUUGGGGCAAACCUCAUGGCAAAGAGCCCAGCUUUCAUCAGUAUUUCAUUAUUAUUAUUAUUAUUAUUAUUAUUAUUAUUAUUAGAAAGUAAACAUUGGGAAUUAAGAUAACUGAGACGAGUGAGACCUCUGCGGCCUCUGAGGCAUGAGAUGCCUGCGUAGCUUGGAGGCAGAGCUCUUUCUGGGAAGGUGAAAGAUGGCACGUUUGCUGCUGCAACAGCGGCUUCCCUCACCUGAGCUUUCCCAGUACAAAUUUUCACAACGAACACAUUAUGUGUAAAGUCAGUUGGCCAGGUUGUGUGGCAGCUUGCAUUUGCACAGCAUACUCGAGCAAAAUGUGAUUGCUGGCUGCUUCAUGGCUCUGUGUGUUGGGCAAAUUCAAAUCGGUGUGGUUAGCUGAGGACUCCGUACAUUGUUAAGCAAUGUAAAUUGAAUCGAAUGGGAUACCCAUGGUUCAGUUGGCCAGUGCAAGUUGCUGGGCCUUCUGUGGUCCCGGCUUUGCAAAGGUAGCUGGUUGCGUUGCUUUGGCACUGUGAAAUCUACUUCAUUAUCCAUCUUCCUCUGAACACAGCAGGUACUUUCUUUGUGCACCAUAUUUCUAACCACUGUGCAUCAGGCAUUUGUGGCUUUCAGCAAAACUUCUUUCUAGUGACUUGUAUAGUUUUCAUUGGGAUGUUUAAAAAGUUGUUAUCUCUGAAAGUUUAAUUCCUUGCUUGGAAGUGGAAGAGAAGCUCUUUGAAUAAAACCUAUUGGGGGGUUUUCCCCCCCUCACAAGCAAAUGGUUCAUCAAAUUAAAUCUUACAAAUUCAUCAAUUAGUCUUAAAGCAACUGCUUGGAAACACAUCAGAUUGUUUCUUCUAUGCUGUAUAUAUCCUAGGAAUAAUUUUUAUUGAGUAAAUAAAUUGUGCUUUUGCUUA